AUGGGUUGGGGAAUAUCCAGGUUGAUUGGACUGAAGGCUGCUGUCCUGCUUUCUGUGGCAUGUUUUUUCCAAGGACUAGGAGUGACCCUUAUCACAUUUCCUCUCAUAUAUGCAUCCAUGAUUGCAAUACUAGUCUCAAUAGCUUCCCACCCAUCGAUCGAUCUUCCUUUACUCCUUGGCAAGGCAUCCGAUGGAAGUUUUCCGUUGUGGUCAUGGAUCAUGUUCUCGCCAUUUCUUCUUUUCAUUCACCUGUUUGUGCUGCUACGAAGAUUUGUGAAAAACGAGCCCUUAUACACUGAGGUUGCAGAUGGAGUGUUUGUUGGAGGAUGGCCUUCUUCGGUGGAACACCUGCCACCAGGUGACCCUGCAAUCAUAGAUUGCACGUGCGAGCUGCCAAAAAGCUCGACUAUAUCUAACAAUGCAUAUCUGUGCGUUGCUACCUGGGAUACGAGGGCUCCUCAACCAUCACAAAUUGAGUCUGCCGUGCGAUGGUCUGUGAGAAAGCGGUCACAGAACAAGCCUGUCUAUGUCCACUGUGCCUAUGGUAAUUAUGCUCUUCUGCCAAUGUUUGGAUAA